CGAUUAGCAAGCUAAUAUUUGUAAUUUCGACGUGUUUUUUUCAACCUUUUACACUUAUUUGCUUGAAAUAAGUGAUCGUAGCGAGGAUACUAGUGUCUGGUUAGCUAGCUAACCUGCUAGCUAGACGUUAAGCGAUACGGGAUUUGCUUGCUACUGUACUUAUCUAGUUGGCAGCUUACUUAUUCAUCAGCUGGUAACUAGUUGGCUGGGUAGUUAUUGGAUAUUUUGUACCCACAUAACUCUAGCUCUUCAUUUUUGUCCUGAUUUAACAAUGGCCGAAAGCAAGCAGCCGCAAGUCAUUUUUUGUAACGAUUCCCCAAAACGAGUUUUGGUGUCCGUUAUCAAAACUACUCCGAUCAAGCCGAGGAUGACUGAGUCGGUUAUGCCGACCAGCCCGGGGUUUAGCGACUUCAUGGUGUAUCCCUGGAGAUGGGGCGAGAACGCCCACAAUGUCACCCUUAGUCCAGGACCGGUGAACGGAGCCGCCUCCCCUACCGGGAGCAACACUGGCAGAGAAGGAGACUUAGCGGCUAGCCCCGAUCAUAUGAAGGAUGGGAUGCGUCGCGGCCGCCCCCGGGCUGACACUGUCCGAGAGCUGAUCAACGAGGGCGAGAACUCGUCCAGCCGAAUCCGGUGCAACAUCUGCAAUCGAGUUUUCCCGCGAGAGAAAUCGCUGCAGGCCCACAAGAGGACACACACAGGUGAGAGGCCUUACCUGUGCGAUUACCCGGACUGUGGGAAAGCCUUUGUUCAGAGUGGCCAGCUGAAGACCCACCAGCGCCUGCACACUGGGGAGAAACCAUUUGUCUGCACCGAAAAAGGUUGCGGUAGCCGGUUCACCCAUGCCAACAGGCACUGCCCCAAGCAUCCAUAUGCCCGGCUGAAGAGAGAGGAGCCCUCCGGGGGGCCGGGGAAGUCCCAGACUGCCGAUAACAAGGCAGUGGCAGAGUGGCUGGCCAAGUACUGGCAGACCAGGGAGCAGCGCUCUGUCCCGCCCAAAGGGAAGAGUCCAGGAAAGGGCGGGGCCGAAGACCAGGAGCAGCAGGACCCCCUGGAGUUCCUCCAGUCGGACGAGGAGGAGGCAGAGGAGCCAGAGGAGGAGAAGAGCGGGGGUGCGGCACGGCGGAGGGAGCAGAGGGACCGUCUCCACGGUGCCCUGGCCCUCAUCGAGCUCGCCAACAACCUGUCUCCCUAACUCUGCCCCCUCA